GACCGCGGAUUUAAUCCAAUCGCCGCCGGCUUGACGCUAAGAACAGCUUAGAGGAUUGUGGUAGUCUGAAAAAAAAUGGAUCGUGUUAAAAAAAAGAGGAAGAAGACAGGUGGUGAAAAGAAAGUGCUGCUAUCCAUCGUCGAUCCUUGGGACGUGAAGGUGGCCAGUGUUGAUCCGGUCGGACUGGCCGAACGACGGGGCGUCUCCCUGUCCGUCUUACCCUCUAAUCAGAACGAGGGUACCAGCCAGGAGUGGCCGACCUUAGGCAGGUCCCUCAAGAUACCUUCGCCCUGGUACAAACCUGGUACCGGCUCCUCCGACCAUGUCAGCUCCGCCAAACCCGAGGAAUCAAAAGCGUUGAUCGAUCCCAUCUGGUCGGACACUUGGUCUCCAUCGCGAAGGUCGCCCGGCAGCAGGACUUGCGAUUCCCCGUCGCCGAGUCCACCCAAGGAAAGAUUACGAGAUAACAGGCAGAGAACCGGCGAGACAAGGCACGACGAGGCGGGCGAGGUCGACAAUGGAUUAAUCAAGGCUCCGCAGGAAAUUAGCCGCGACGGUUUCGAUGAUGUGGACGGUGCAGCGGCGGUGCGAGUGCGUUUCGAGAUCGACGGAGCGGAGCCGGAGCGGAAUGGAGUGCGAUGUGAGAACGGACGGGAUGUCGACGGUGCGCCGCGAGUGUUGACGAAAAAUCAGAUCGCGAACGAUAAUUCGAGGCCCGAGCGACGCGAAGAACGACCGAUCGCGAAGCAGAAUCGCGCGAACGGAGUGGAUGCGGCAAAGAGGCAGAAGAGUUUCUCGCGGCGAACGAACGGUGAUGUGGGAGUCGGUGAGAACGUGAAAGAUGCAAAUGGCGAACGGGACUAUUCUCGGAUAAUCGAGGAGAAGCCAGCGAUAGUCGACAUCGUUCAGCAUUUGGUGGAGUCCAGGUACAGUCCGCAAACCGCGACGGAGAGGAGAACAAAAAGGAUGCCGUCAUGUCGUCGUCAAGAGACCUCGAAGGAAAUAGAUCUAGUGGACUUUUCAGGCAAACCAGGUGAUAAUGCGAACGUUGUUGUUAACGCAGCCAAGCAGGAGAACAAUCAAGAUACCGCCAACGAGACGAAUACGGUGAAAGCGUUGCCGGAAGUGAGGCCACUACGCGCCACGAAUAUAAGAAAGACCAGCAUAUCCAUGCCCAGCAAUCUUAACGAGAUGGACGAUCUUCGGAUAGACAGACAAAACGGUACCGCCUCGAAAUUUACGAGAGAGGAGAGCGUGACCAGCAGCAGCGUGACUUUCAGUAAUAGCGGCUCGACACCGAAUGGAAGUCCUCUGGGAUCCGAAACUGAAGAGGAAGCGAAUGACGAGGAGUUGGCCAAAGUGCCGCUACAAGCUCCGCCGCGAAGAAAAAGCAGAAUCGUGUCGCCCUCAGUUAAUGAAAAAAUGGGGAACGACACGACGGAACUUUCGGGCGUGCAGAGCGCGACUUCCACGAUAACAAGCGUGAACAGCAUUAGCAGUCUUCUGAAGGAGAAACUGCAGUUAUCGUUACCGCAGGCGUUACGCAGCAGUGCGAGACGUCAGAAUGCUGACUACAGGCUUAAAGCGUUCGUUGGCAUCCUGUUCCUUUGCAUCGUCUUCCUCGUGGGAUUCGCUCACAUUUACUACACUCAGCAUGUCCUACAACGAGCUUAUUUUGAAAAAUUUAGAUUUAAUAAAAACGAAAGGAUGAUGAGAGUCUACAGCAGUACCGGGGCGGAGAUCAUCGCCGCUCGGCUCGGCGAGGGAAUCCCACCGAACACAGGAGUGUAUCCUUGCCUUCCCCAUCAUCAGCGACAGGAUUCGGUCUGCCUCGAGUGGUUGCAGCAGACACGGCUUUACCUCGCGCAUACGAAGCGCGAGGGUAUGCACUGCUACCACGUCACCUGGCAGAGCCUGAGCCCCUACUACAAUCCCAAGGACUGCUUCGACUGGUCCUCGAAAAGAGGCCAUUGGUACGGCGCCGGUCAAAUUCAGAAUAUGGUGUAUCCCCUGGAACGCGGCCGGCUGGAGCUGAGCCCAUUCAUCACGGGCGACGUGAGAAAACAUCCCUUCGGCAACGUGCUGAAGAGAUACUUUCUCAAUUCGAAGGGCGCUACAAUCCUGGUGGAUCCUGAGACGCCGCUUUACGUCUCCAUUAACGCCAAUCGUACCAACGACUUCUGCCUGCAGGCAAAACACGACGCCUUCGCCUACAUCAAUCACUUGACGCCGCUACCUCAGCUUAACUACACCAUCUGCGCGACCGACAACAUGAAGAGUCUGCACUCCUCGAUGGCGGAGAAGUCACUGUGGGACGGUCUGAAGCCCGACGAGCUGCACGCCGUUCAUUCUCUGCUGUCCGAACCAGUUUGGCAGAUCUCGCCCACCAAUGACCCAGCUAUUUACAAUUAUACCGAAGAUGUGAUCGCGCUGGGUUUCCUCCGCCAGGGACACGUUCUGCUGAGCGAGGAAUGGCAGCCCAGUCCAGGUGAUUUCAUCCUAGACGAAGAACGAUUUCCCUCCAUGGAGGAGACUAUCAACAUCAUUCAUCGCAGAGGAUUUAGAAUAGUCUUUAGUAUCCAACCCUUUAUCUCUACGGAAUCCAUCAACUUCAAGGACGCUGUCGCUAACAGAUUAUUGAUCUCCGAGAGGGGAAGCGAUCCUAGAAUCCCGGCAUUGACAAGGUACAAGCAAAGUAACAGCGCCGGCGUGCUCGACAUUACGAACAACAAGACUUUACCCUGGCUGCAAACGAAGCUCGAGAGUCUCAUCAUGAAAUACCACGUGGACUCGUUCUAUCUCGACUUGGGCACUGCCCAGGAUAUGCCGCACUACUACAAGUGCGAGCAGCCUCUGACCAAUCCCGAUCAUUACAAGACCAUUUUUACUCGCUCGAUACUGAGCACCGUACCCGUGAUCGGUGUCUCCAGCGCUAUUUCCAGGCCACGGGCACCCGUGUUCGUGUCCCUGCCGCCCUUCCCGUCAUCUUGGAAGGCCAUCAAGACCGUCAUUCCCACCGUCCUCAGCUACGGUAUGAUCGGCUACCCGUUUAUCAUGCCGGGAGCGGUGGGCGGCGACGUGGCGCUACCGAUGUCGGACAACAAUCCAGAUAAUGACUACGAGGUAGAUCUGCCAGACAAGGAGCUCUACAUCCGCUGGCUGCAGCUGUCCACCUUUUUGCCCGUGAUCCGCUUCACCCAUCUGCCGAGCAAGUACUCAGACGAGUCGGUCCUGGAAAUCGCUAAAAGGCUGACCACCUUGCGGCAGAAGACAGUUACGCCGUUGCUGAAGAAGUACGCGAACGAGACUCUGGACACUGGUCUGCCCAUUAUCAGGCCGCUCUGGAUGCUGGAUCCGGCCGACCCGGCAUGCCAUGUAGUGGUCGACGAAUUUUCCGUGGGCGAGGAGUUGAUCGUGGCGCCGGUGCUCUAUUCCGGAAGCAGGCAACGGGAGGUCUAUCUACCGGCUGGGGUCUGGCGGGACGGCAUCGACGGGAGCCUGAGAAAGGGCUCGAGAUGGAUUCAUAAUUACAGAGUGGCCGAAGACAAGGUCGCGUAUUUCGUCAAGAUGCCCGACAACACGAGAUUCUGAGGGAUGCGACGUCGUCUCGCCGAUUUGCGUCACGCAUUGCGUCGCGGUGUUGCCAACGAAUCUCGAGAUCGAUGGAUUGAAACGACGGUCGUUCGGAUGUGGUCCCGCUUCGUACGAUGACACGGUUAACGCUCGUAUGUCAAACGAAUCAUCGCAACGAACGUGUCGUGCGAUCGGUUUGUCAGCACGAUGAGUACCGGCCACUUAUCUACGAAUUUUAAUCGUCUUGAGCCUUCAUUGAUAUGCAAGAUGAACUUGUUCUUCGGUAAAUCCCGAAAAUGCAGAAGAGUAAUCGUGCUUUAGCAAACAUAUAUUAUUCCAUUUGACGAGAACUUUGCAAACGCAAUGAUAUUCAAUGGUAAUCAAUUAAACUGCGAUUACAAUAACUAGAUAUCCAACAUCGUGAUCUUUGACAGAGUGCAGCAGGAUGAUUAGGUAGGGAUAAAUACUUAACGGCAUGUAAAGCCAUGAGAGAUUUACACGUGCAUAAGUCGAGCGUGCUAUUCAAUAUUCAACGAAUAUAUCGACAAGAUUUGAUUACAAUAAAAGUAUCCCAUGUUACUAUAUUCUACGGAUAUGAGAUUAUUGUACCAUCAGUACCAUAUUACAGUGCAUAUCAUAGACCAAAUAUCGAUACACAUAUCGAAAGAAUAAUCAAGUGUAGAUUUAACUUAAGCUGUCAAUUAUAUUUAUUUUAUCUAA